AUGGGGAGAAGCGCGACGGAGCUUUCGCUUUCUAGCAUCCGAGAACUGUAUCUCGAGAACAGCUAUUUUACUCGGGGGGGCAUCUCACAUCUGGUGCGGUGUCGUCCGCAACUAGAGUCCUUCGUGUACCGCGAGGACCCGAACCUACAUGGCCACCGACAAUACGUUCUCGGACUCUCCCCCGGUGGCCCUGUGGAGAAGCGGGCGUUGCAGCCCGUCGACCUUGUAGCCACAGUCAAACCAGUCCGAGGAAGUCUGAAACACUUUGAAAUGGAUCUGUACGGUUUCAUGGCCCCUUUCGUCCAGCACAAGAAGUUACAACCAUGCUGGUGGCGCGACUUCGCAAAGCUCGAGGUUGUGUCAGUUCCUCUGCGUCAUCUCGAAUGCGAACACGAACUCGGCCCGGUGUACCCUCAGAACUGCCAGUUUCCACAAUAA